AACCCUGCGUAAUCUGACACUGCCUUUUGACCGGGACGCGUAGUGUUGGUGCAUACAACCAACACUUUUAUAUUCCGAAUCAUAACCACUCUCCUCAAUUGAUGGGCAAGGCACAAGCAUGGUGAUAUGUGCUGCGAUGACAGAGGUCGAGUGGCUAACCUUUCCAAACCUUUACUAGAAGAGUAUGAGAAUGUCAAAGAUGAAAGGGAAGCAAUGCGAUUGGAAAGUAGAGUGAAAGAAGCUUUGCAAGAUGCUCCACCUCUGGAGUGUUCACCUUCGACUCGGUUCAUAUUAGCACUCGAUAUAGGCUACUCGACAAACUCAAACCUGAGCGUAGCGGCUGGGAUCGUAUACGAUACGAUCGAAAACGAGAUUGUAGCACAAAAAGCUCUCUCACAGCCAACGUCUUCAUUUGAAUACAUACCGGGCUUACUGGCAUUUCGCGAGGUGCCUCUCCUGGCAAAAGUAGUUGGCGACUUGCUUGCCAAUGAAAGAUAUACGAAUCUAGCAAAUCAUUAUGACCUCGCUAAUGACAUUGUGUUAAUGUGCGAUGGUAAUGGAACCUUGCAUCCGAGAUUGUGUGGACUUGCAUGUCAUUUAGGUCUCUUGUUCGGAUUGCCCGCUUUUGGCGUUGGCAAAACAUACUUGAUUGGCGCUCCGAUAGAUUCAAACAUGCAAGAUGAAGAUCGCACUCGUACGGAAGACCCUGAUAAAGUGGACUUUCAUCCUCUCAAAAGUACUUUACCUAGCCCUCGUGGAAGUACGAUACCACUUUACGUUCAAGGACAGCUGGCAGGUCAUAUGGUAAGAACACAAGAUAACAUCAACCCGUUAUUCGUUUCAAGCGGAGUUGGAAUCUCGCAGAUUGAUGCAGUAAAGAUGACUCUGGCUCUUUGUACGGAGUAUAGACAGCCAGAGCCUAUCAGAAUAGUCGACCAUCUCGGUCGUAUGGAGAUCAAGAGGCUUGAGGAAGGCACAUAAACACACUGUAUGAUACGCAAUAUAAAGCUACAAUCAAUAAAUUUUUCAUCCUCAUCGUAUAUACAAUGCACAUGUUUAUUUUUCGAAUAGCAUAGAGAAGAGCAAAGACUAUAGAAAACCUACAAGAAAGGAAACAUGGACCGGAAAAAGAACCAACAGAUCGAAUACAGUUUGGCUUGAAAAGGAAAAAGGGCGGGGAAAAAGAGCAUGUACAAAUGUAAAAGCGAAA